AUGAUUACUCCAAAAAUCGACCCCGUUUUGAUUCUGGACGAAAAGGGCACGCUAAAGGCAUCGGCCGACGCUUCUGGAGCUAAGAAAUCAGAAUUGACCUUUAAGCAUCGUACUCGACAUUUGGUUAUCGUACUCAGUUUACUAUGUCUGACAUGCAUUAUCAGUAACUCACUGGCUUUAAACUUUACAGUAAUCUGCAUGUUCAAAGACGACGAUGGAAGUUGGAAUCAGAGUUGUAAGGGGGUUAAUUUAAGUUUGGGGGGGGGGUUAGAAGUUAGGAUGGCUUAGCUAGAGUAGGGUAAAACAAAUUUUUAUGGUGGGAAGGAGUGAAAUUUAUUUUUAUGGUUGGGGGGGAGAGGUUAAAACUAUAUUUUGGGUGGGCAGGGAUAAAACUUCAUAUUCAUACUAUAUUUCAUGUUUUAGACAUAGAAGAGAAAGGUCACCCACCUCUAAUGUACUCAGAACUCGAGCAGAGUUGGCUGUUCGCAGCCAUAGCUAUUGGUACACUGUUUGGUACAAUACCAAUGACAUUGUUUACUAGCACUUUUGGCAUGAAGUAAGUAAUUUAUUUGGCCAUAUUAUAAGUUUAGCACAUUUUUAAUACCAUAGAUAAUAUAAAAAUUAUUAAACAAAUUUUAGUUGAUUUUAUUAAGAUGGCUGACCGAUUCUAGCUAAAGAGUUUUGGUUUACCGGUUAGACUGAAACACGAGCGCAGCCAGGCUUCAAAAUGAGUUUUGAGCUACAUAUGAAGUUAAAUAGCGUAUUUUAGGAUAUUAUUCACACUUUAUGGAGCGAUCUCAGCUUUGGCUACGUUGAUCUUCCCUACCAUCGUACCAUUGGGCUUUUACUUUGUAUUUUUCCUCAGGUUUUUACAGGUAAGGGGCUUUAUUAUUCUACUAUAGUUUUACAUUACUGUGUCAGUAAGACUUCUUGAAAUUGUCCAAUAAAAAUAUUUUAGGGCGCAGCUGUCGCCACCUCUUUCCCAGCGAUGGGUUCUAUUGUAGCUGAAUGGGCGACGCUUCGAAAGUCUGGUACUUUUGUAGCUAUUGUAUCUGCCCAUCUUCAAUUGGCCCAGAUAUUCACCAUGCCUGUGGCUGGUGCUUUGUGUGAAAGUUCGUUGAGUUGGCCGGCUUUGUACUAUCUCCAAGGCGGGAUUACUGUAAUUUGUUUUGUAAUCUUUUGGCUCUUCUACGAAGAUACUCCUACUGUACAUAGGUUAGUUUUGUUACAGUGUUUUACGUUUAUAUAUACUUGGUUUACACAUAGUAAGGUUUGUUUAAGAUGUAGUAUUACAAGUAUAGUAUUUUAGGUAAGAAAUUACAUUUCAGAAAUGUCAGUGAAAAAGAAUUGACAACCCUUCAGAAGAACAAAAUAGUACGAGUGCUAGAAGAGAACGAGAAGGAUAGAGUACCAUACAAGGCCAUAAUGUGUGACAGAGCUGUAAUGGGUAUCUUAACCUCGUCUUUUGGUGCUACAGUAGCCUUCCAGUUCUUUUUCCAGUACGGUCCUGUCUAUUUAAAUCAGGUAAACGUCCAUAUUUUAAUAAAAUAUUCAAAGUAAAGCUGGCGCCAAAAUGUGAAUUCAAAUUUUCGCGGGUUUUUUAAAAAUCAUUUUUCACCCUUUUAAAGUUUAAACUGCCAUUUUAUAUGUUGUAUACAUUACUAUUAGUUCAAUAUAACUCUUCAGGUUCAAGGAUUCGACGUCCGUGACACAGGAUUUGCCGCCGCUUUACCUUUUAUAUUAUCUAUGAUAUUCAAGUUCAUGGUAGGGCCUUGUAGUGACACUGUACCGUACGUCAGUGACAAAAUGAGAGUGAUAUUGUUUGCUUCGAUAUCACAGUACUCUAUGGCUAUAUGUUUCUUCGCCUUGGCUUUUUUACCGCCGUCACAACAAGUUUUGUCACAAAUCUUCUUUACGGCUGCUAUUGUGUUCAGCGGUCUUAAUGCUGUUGGAGUUACCAAGAGCUCACAGUUGGUAUGUUUUUAGGUUUAAGGGUGUGGUAGGUUCUAAAAGGGUAUAGAAAAUCCCGGCAGAGCCUAAUUUUCCGGCUCUGUCUUUUAACAUUAGAUUUUUUUUAAAUAUUGAAGUUAAAUCUUUCGUUGCGGGACCUAAGCUGGGCCUUCGGAGCUCUGGCUUAGACCGCCUUUUAGGUCUAGUAGAGGGAAGAUAAAAGGCACAUUAACUAACCUAUAGGAAAUAAAACAAAUUUUUUUAAAAAAAAUUUAUUAGGUUGUUCAAAUAAUUUUGUGCCGCUACUCAAUUCUAUUUUUUAGGGUAAGGGGCAUAGAAUUAUGUGAAUAGCCUAAUUUUCUGUGAACAUCUUAAGUUGAAAUUAAUUUGCAUAUAAUGACAUAAAAAUGUUUCAGAUAUCCGGAAGAUACGUUCACUUCUUAAUGUCAUUGAACAUGUUUAUAUUCAGUAUUGUGGUACUUCUUAUACCAUUCUCAGUAGCCGUAUUCGCUCCAAAUGGCAGUCCAGAUGAGGUAUGGCAUUUCUAACAUUAAAUACUGAUUUUCAGUCGAUUAUCUAAUACAAAGCCUUUUAUAUCUUUUUGUGCCUUAUAUUCUUUGUAUAAGUAUAUUACAUUAUAGUAAACCCAAAAGUUAAAUUUUCUUUUAAAUUUCUAAAGUUAAAAAAACUUUUAGUGGGCCCGUCUAUUCAUAGGCACAGGCAUCCUUGUCAUCGUGGUGACAACCAUCUUCAACUUAACGGCCGAAGUCACGGUUCGACCGUGGGCCGAUCAGCCACAGCAAGUGCAGCCUGUGCCUGAGGUGUUCGAGCUGAAUGCGAAAGAUUUAAAGGAUCCGGAGAAGGUGGGCCAGGUGCUGCAGGCCAAACGACUGUCCAUUCAAAGCAAUUCCAGCCAAUUGCGACAAUUCCAGGCCGGUCAGCCGAAACGAACCUCUAUUUAUUCGGUCGAUUAA